AAUAGAGAUAAGUUUACGAUUUGUUAAAAAACGGAAGAAAUGAAUCACCAUUGCUUGUGAUGCUUAGAUUUUGAUUUCUGGGACAUAAAAAUAGACACAAAAAUGUGACAUAUAUUAAUUCAAACCUUAGAUAUUGACUUUUUAAAAAAAAUAAAAAAUGAGUUAUAUAUUACAUAAAAUUUUCUAUAUAAAUGGUGCAGCCCCUCUGCCGAUUGGAAUUUGUCUUAUUGUGUUUUUUCUUAACCUUUUCAAUGGAAUGGCAAUGUCAAACCUAUCUUCGUAUUUACCGCAACUUGUAAAGGGAUUUAAUGUUAGUGAAGUAAACGCUGGAAAGUAUGCUGGAGUUGUUUCAUCCUCACUAUCUGUCAGCAGAAUAGGAAGCAGAUGGAUUUUUUGAUAUUUUCAAAGUUCUUCUGCCUAAUAUUAUUAUCUGUGUUGGAUUAAUAGUUGCACUAUUGGUUGCAUAUGUUGUGCUUUCAAGACAGGAAAGAAUUGUUGAAAUUGAUGAUGAAUCAGAAGAAGCAAUUGAUGGAUCUUCACCAAUUUUGUAUGAAUCUGGUUUCAAUGGAGAUGAAGCAAAAUCUGAUAAAAAUUUUUUAGUUGCACAACCAAUAAAAAACCAUUCAAAAAUUGAUUUGAAGUAUGGAACAGAAUCAAAAUGUUCUUCAAGUGUUAAUAACUCAACAAAAUAUUGGCGACUGUUGAAAAACAAAAAUUUUAUCCUUUCGAUUACUCUAUAUGGAUUGUUUUCACUAACAGCUGUUGGAUACGAAGAUUUAUUUCCAGUGUUUGCAGCAACUGACCUCAAAUAUAAUGGCUUAAGCAUGAGCACGUCAGACAUUGGUGUACUAUAUUUUGUCACUGGACUUACUGUUGUUGUAAUUCAGUUUUCAAUUAUCAACAAGAUAAUUACCAAAUUUGGUUCAAAAAAGAUAUUUUCUGUUGCUACAUUUCUUUUCAGCGUUCUAGUAUUUUUGUUACCUACCACAGCCAAGAUUAAAAAUAGAAUGUUUUUAUGGGUAUCAUUAUGGAUCACUCAAUGUUUAAUGAGAUCAACAUACAGUGCAGGAAUUUUAUGCGUGAAUAUAUUUAUAAAUAAUUCCGUUGAAUCUGAACAAGUUGGAAUGGCAAAUGGACUCGGUUUAUCAGUGGCUUCUUUUGGAAGAUCUAUCGGUUCCGUAAGCUUUGGACUGGCUUAUUCGUGGUCUUUGAGCAAUGUCAAAAAACAUUUCACUUCAGAAAGCAGUCUCGGUUUUCCGUUCAAUGAAUAUUUUACAUUUAUACUAAUAGCGUUUUUUUCAAUACUUGUUUUGAUUGUCACUUCAUUGCUGCCAGAAAGUAUAAACCGAAAGAAAGCUUUUAAUGAAAAUUUGAAAUAGUUUUAUACAUAUAUAUGUAUAUGUAUAUA